CCCGCGGGGUCCUGCCGUGCGCGGCUAUAGGCGGCGGGCGCGGACUCUCCUCCCUCUUUUCUCGCUCGGCAGCCGCGCGGAGAAGAUGGGGAAGUGCCGAGGCCUCCGCACCGCUCGGAAGCUGCGCAGCCACCGCCGGGACCAGAAAUGGCACGAUAAGCAGUACAAGAAGGCGCAUCUGGGCACGGCGCUGAAGGCCAACCCCUUCGGGGGAGCUUCCCACGCCAAGGGCAUCGUCCUGGAGAAAGUGGGGGUGGAAGCCAAGCAGCCCAACUCUGCCAUCAGGAAAUGCGUCAGGGUCCAGCUCAUUAAGAACGGCAAGAAAAUCACAGCUUUCGUCCCCAACGACGGCUGCCUGAACUUCAUCGAGGAGAACGACGAGGUGCUGGUGGCCGGGUUUGGGCGCAAGGGCCACGCCGUGGGGGACAUCCCUGGCGUGCGCUUCAAGGUGGUCAAGGUGGCCAACGUGUCCCUGCUGGCCCUCUACAAGGGCAAGAAGGAGAGACCCAGGUCGUAAAUGCUCGCAGAGGUCUGGCAACACCAAUAAAAUCUUUGGUUUUAAAGGA